GGCGCGGUCCACUGCCGGCGGCUCCGCGUGCUGAACCUCUUCGACAACGGGCUCGUCGGCGAGGUGCCCAAGGAGCUCGGCGCGCUGCGGGAACUCCGCAUCCUCACGCUCCAGCGCAACUCGCUCUCCGGCUCCAUUCCGCGGGAGCUCGCGGCGUGCGAGAAGCUCGAGGUCGUCAACGUGUCCUGCAACGACUUUGAAGGAGCCGUGACGGACGUCUUCGGCGCCAUGGCCCAGCUGAAGAUCUUGUACAUCAACAACAACCGGCUCGCGGGC